AACCAACUGAUUUCUUCUUCAACAUCUUCCAACCCCUCAUUGUCAACAAUGCACGGAACCUCGAUUUGUGGGAUGCGCUCCGCCGUUCUAGGCGGAAACUUUUCCACCUCCUCCAUGAGGCCAUUCACACACGGCAACAGCAACUUCAUAAGACAACUGUAUCAGGCGAUUCCAUCAGCCCGCACGGCCAGCACAGCUACAGCCAGCAAUGUCGCACGUACGCCAAAGACCACGGCACGUCGUCCGCAGAAGACCAUCACUUCGCUCUCAAUCUCGGCUCCUCGCCGGGCAAACUCCAACGCCGCCUCCUCUACUCCCUCGGGGCAGCAGCUUGUCCGCCUGGACUGGGACUCGUUCUUCAAGCUCCGUGCCAGCCGGCGCCGCUACACGCUGGCCUCGUCGAUCGUCACCUCAGCGCUCACUACGGUGGCGGGUAUGCAGGUUCUUUCGUCGCAGGAUCUGGAGUCUCUUGGCGCCCAGGUGAUGGGUCUUGAUCCGUUUGUGGUGCUGGGGAUGGCGACUGCCGCGUGCGGUGCCGCGGGAUGGCUCCUUGGCCCUUUCGUUGGGAACUCGGUCUGGAGUCUAAUCUACCGGAGAUACAAGCCGUCUCUCCUAGUAAAAGAGAAACAAUUCUACGAUCGGAUUCGCCGGUUCCGGGUCGAUCCUUCGUCCAACUCCAUCGCCAACCCCGUUCCUGACUACUAUGGCGAGAAAAUCGGUAGCGUCCAGGGCUACCGACAAUGGCUGAAGGAUCAGCGAGCGUACAACCGCAAGAGACGCCACUUCAUCGCCUGAUAAUGUGCGCGCGCGGUUGCUCUACUUUGCAUAACGGUAUCUCUUCCACGAGUGGGUAUUGCUUAUUUGGCUUCAACCUUCGCAUGGGACUCUUCAUGGGCCUGUUGGAUCGAUUUGUAUGAAUAUUGUGUAUCGGCUGAGCGAAUCAAAUGGAUUUCUUGAUAUUAUUCUCCCUUCUAGCAAAGCUAGUCUGAGCUACCAUCUUUCUCAAUCGGGCUAGUUAUGCCCUGCAUCUGUCUUAUCUUCUGUGACGACCUACAGUUUAGGACCCUCUGCGACGGCCGGCUUCCGGUCAACGUUGACCUCAGCCCACCAUGGAUAAUUUUCCGGCCCAUGCUCUUCCAAGGUGGCGCGGAAGAAAGCCUUUCGUCUUUCCUCAAUGAAGGCUCGAACCCCCACAAGCAAACAUAUG